GAACGCCAAGUAUUCAAUUUGUUGUCGUCGCUCGUUGGAGGCAGAAGUCGUCGCGCGGAAAACUCGUCAGCCUAAAAGCUAAACGCUCGCUAUAGCAUUUUUUUUUGUUUUUGUACAAAUAAAGUUUCGGACGCAAAGGUUCGCUGCUGCUGCUACGCAUACAUAUACGCGUAGCACUUGCUCGUGCGCUUGCAAAAGUUGUCGUCCGCUCAACAUCGCUACCAGUGGCUGCUGUGACUUGGCCUGCUCUGCGUGAAAUUGCCGCCCGUGCUGGAGCAUAAAAGUGUAGAUAAUUUGCGUUUCGCUUGCGACCUUUUUCCCUCGCAUUUCCUUUUAGCCAAAAAUAAAAACCACUAACUUUGAUGGUGUUGUUGUGAAUAUACAGCAAAAAAAAAUACGAAAAAUUUAUAAUAAUCGAAAAAAGCAUCCAUUCUAAGUGCUUCACAGCCUCACGCGCUCGCUGUUGACAUUUGCUUUGGUGCUUUGUGUUUUUGUAUUCGGUAGGCAGUAACGGCAAUUGCCACCUGUUCUUGGCGAGCGAUUCGUUUGAUUGACGCGUGUCUGUCGUACACUUUUACACGAAAAUAACUGCGUUGUGCGCCUAUACAAUUUUCGGUAGAAUACUAGUAAGCGCUAAAAAUUGCUUUAAGUAUUUUUCCGGGGUUUGGUCGAAAGAAAAAAAUCGAAAAAAAAAUUUAAAAAAAAAUAUCAAAAAAGGAAAAACAGCUGAAAUUUAUUAAAGUGCGCGCCAAGAGCCAAUAACAAAUUAAUGCAAGAAAAAAUUUGAAACACUUUUUUGUGCAUAUAACUAAGUUCUAACAACAACAACAAAAAUUGAAAAUAAUACAACAACAACAAUAAACUAAAAAGUAAAAAAAGUUAAAAAACUACGACUACAACAAAAAAAUUACAACAUCAACAACAACAAAGAAAAACAACAACAAUCAUUUUCAAACUCAGUGAAAGCCCGUAGACUACUUAAAUGUGCAAAAAAGUUCUACCAGCGUUUGCAAUUAUUGUAUAAAAUAAAUCAAAUUAAAAAAGAAAAAAAUUCUUCAACGCUAAAACCGAAUUUUGCGCGUAGCUCAAGAAACAGCGUGAUUAUUUUGUUGUUUGGCAGUGAAAGUAGGUGACAGGCAGACCCUAAUAGCAAUUUGGUGUUAUUUGCAGAUCACGCCGCCGUAAAUAAUAAAAUUAACAUAUACUUCUUUAAUCGGCCAGAGCUGCUGCUACAGAACAUAUAAUAAUUCAAUUAAUAUUUGAAGUGAAAAUUCUUACACAUUUUCAACGCUCAAUCACAACACUAAAGCUGCCAAAAUGGGUUCCGAUUGUGGCGUCUGGCUGGCCAAAUAUCUGCUAUGCCUCUUCAACUUCCUCUUUUUUGUCGUUGGCACAAUCGUGCUGGGCACUGGCAUUUGGCUGGCGGUCGACAAAGCCUCGCUAAUUGCAUUGCUCAAGAUGGUGGAAAGCGAUCAAAUAACCCAAUUCACACAGCCGCGUGUCAUCGAGCAGAUGGCGUACGUUUUGAUUGCUAUCGGCGCCGUUAUGUUCUUCAUGAGCUUCCUCGGCUACUGUGGCGCGAUACGUGAGUCGCGUUGCCUGCUGACAACGUAUGGCGUUUUCAUGAUUCUGCUGCUCAUUGCCGAAAUCGUUGCCGGUGGCUUGGCUGCUUUCUAUAAAGAGAAGGCGCGCGCUGAAACCAAAACUUUCCUGCAAUCCACCAUCACCGACUAUUACUCCACCCACGAAAAUAUGGACGCCGUCACACUCAUGUGGAAUCAAUUGAUGAGUCAGAUGAGCUGCUGCGGCGUGAAUGACUAUCGUGACUUUGAUGCCUCACUUGCAUGGAUCAGCAACAAGGGUAAUCGCACGCUACCCGAAGCCUGCUGUGUGCUGAAGGAUGUGAGCCAAAUGUUGCCACGUGACGAUGAUUGUGUGAUAAAUCCCAGUGAGAGCAACAGCUUCUACAAGAAGGGCUGCUAUGAAGUAUUCACCGACUGGAUUAUCUCCCACCGCGAAAUCAUUAUUGGCGUGCUGCUGGGCGUUGGCAUUGUUCACUUGUUCGCCAUCUUUUUGGCAUUCUGCCUGUGCAAGGCGUUCGCCAAAUACCAUGGCAUGCGUCUUUAAGAUUCUCCCCAUGCAAAGCUAGCCAAUUAAUAGCACCAAAUAUGACUAGUGAAGCAGAAAGCAAAAAGAUCGUUGUGACGAAAAGACUUCGACAAUUAUGAGAAGCCAUUUCUGUCUCUUUUCGUAAAUUGUUUAUAUUGUUGAUUUAUUAGUUUUACAAAUUUUUGGACAAAUUUUGUAGCAAUCUUUUUUUUUAUUGGUAAUAAGUAGUUUACAGACAUUUUUGUAAAUUUUUAUUGAAACUUUUGCAUAACUUUAUGCAUAUGGAUAUUGAACUGUUCGAACACUGAAUACUAUUGUUAAAUAUUUAUGGAUAGUUAAAAACAAUCAGACGAGAAAAUAAUUAAGGAAAAACUUUUGUUGAAUGAGUAUGCAAAUAGCAAAGCAUAUGCGCCUUGGGUUAGGCUUUGCUAAAUUUAAAUGAAUACGAAAGCAUACUUGCAUACUCAACGAAAAAAAAUUAAGUAUAGUCAUAAAAAAAUUUGAAAAAUGAAAAAAAAAAUAAAUAAAAAUAAUAACAACAAAUCGAACUAAGACUUGAUUUUAGUUAUCUUAGUAUAAACUCUCAAUUCUUUGCUAGUAAUAACUAACACCUGUAGAAAUUGUUUAGUCUAGAAAGUAAGCAAGAAUCUCUCCACACUAUACAUCACAAAUCAAUUGUAGAACAUAUCGAAAUGAAAAAAUUUGAUAAACAAAUUCUAGAACAUAUCGAAAUGAAAAGUUUGAGAAAAAAAUUUUAAGCUAAGCAUUUAUAUGAAAAUCACAAACAAAAAUUCAAAAAUCAUAAACGAAAACAGAAACAGAAA